GAUGCCGUUAAAUCGUAACAAGACGGAUGCCAAAAAAAGGAGCCAUAUACGAUAACAUAUAGAUAUAGACGAUAACACAGAUAUCCAACCGAGAUACAGCAUCAUCCGACGUCGCAAUGGCCGCCGAUCCAAAGAACUUUUACCCUGCCCUCAAGCGGAGCACAACCCCCACGGCCUCCGGCUCCGAUGUCGUGGCGUACACGUCCGAUGCUGGACCCGGGCGUCCCAUCCUCACGCUGAUCCACGGCUACCCCCAGUCAUCCCUGAUCUGGCGCCACAUCGUUCCGGAGCUCAUCGGCAAGGUCUCACUCUUCAUCCCCGAGCUGCCAGGCUACGGGAUCAGCACCCCGCCAAACAGCCACACCAAGCUCGACGUGGGGCGCGCGCUGCUCGAAUCCCUCCGCGCCGCGUUCGCCAUCGACAAGUCCAGCAGCCGCGGCCUGAUCGUGGGCGGACACGACCGCGGCGCGCGGGUCGCGCACCGCCUCGCCGCGUCCCAGGACGCGCUGUUCCCCGCCGACGGCGGGCUGAGCCUCCUGGGCGCCGUGCUGCUGGACAUCGUGCCGACCAAGGUGCAGUGGGAGGCGUUUGCGGACCCGGCCGUGUCGCGCGGCUACUUCCACUGGCCGCUGCUGGCCAACGUCGCGCUCGCCGUGCCCGUGCUGCAGGCGUACGGGGGCGCGCGCUGGUGCCGCGGCUCGCACGCGCUCAUCGCCGGCUCCAACGAGGCCGGCCGCGCGAGGAUCGCCGCCGACGGCGCCAUCGACGUGCACGCGGGCUUCUUCGAGAGCGAGGAGGUGCUGCGCGCGACCUGCGAGGAUUACGCGGCCGGGUCCAACGAGGACGUCGUCGAGCAGGUCCGGGACCAAAAGGCCGGCCGCAAGAUCACCGUGCCGACCUUGGUCAUGUUCUCGGCCGAGAAGCUAGGCGCCAGGUUGGACGUGGCUGAGAUUUGGAGGGAUUGGAUCGCCGAAGGGGUGGAUUACACCCCAGUGGCUGUCGGCGAUGGGUAUGGGCAUUAUCUGCCAGAGGAGGCCAGUGAUGUUGUCGCGCAGAAGAUCAACGAGUUCCUGGACAAGUUCUAAGUGCCUUUGGUGGUUGAAGACUCGAUGUAUAGACAAAGGCCAUCUUUUCGCCAAGAGGCGGGGAAUGCUUUCUUCACGUCAGUCACUGCUUGCCUAAUUUUAGUUAAUCAAGACUUGCUCAACAUGCAUGAUCUCUCCACAUUCCUGUGCUUUCCCGUCGCCCAGGAACCAUGCAUCAAAUCAUCA